AUGGCCGAUACUAUGAACCCGUUGGAUACUCUCCCAACAUCCCCGGACCGGGAGAUAUACACAGUUUCUCCCGCAGAUACAUCAUUAGAAACACCAGACCCUGAAGAUGAUAUGAUCAAAGAGGAAGAUGACGAAGAAAUUCUGGAAAAUGAAAAGAAGCCUGCCAAGAAGAGAAAGUCUUGGGGACAGGAACUCCCUACCCCCAAAACAAAUCUCCCUCCUCGCAAACGCGCCAAGACAGAUGAUGAAAAGGAACAGCGUCGGAUAGAACGGGUUCUCCGUAACCGUGCUGCCGCUCAAACAUCGCGUGAGCGCAAGAGACUGGAAAUGGAGAAGCUCGAGACCGAGAAGAUCCGCAUGGAGCAACAAAAUCAGUUCCUGCUCCAGCGUCUAUCGCAAAUGGAGACAGAGAAUAAUCGUCUGAGCCAACAAGUGGCUCAGCUCUCCGCCGAGGUCCGUGGAUCUCGCAGCGUGACUCCCAAAGCCAGCUCGCCAGCCAUCGAAUCCCCCACCCUCACACCCACCCUCUUCAAACAAGAAGGCGAUGAACUCCCCAUGGAGCGGAUUCCCUUCCCGACCCCUUCCGUAACCGAUUACUCUCCCACCCUCAAGCCCUCAACUCUGGCUGAGGCCUCAGACGUGACACAACAUCCUGCAGCGGUGUUGUGCGACCUGCAGUGUCCGUCUCUGGCCUCGAAGGAACAGGCGCCCUCCCACUCUUCGAUCUUUCCGACGAGCCUCAAACUGCAAAUGACGUUGCAGCUCCUCUUUCUGACGAUGACUUCCGUCGCCUGUUCAACGGUGAUUCACCCGCUGAGCCAAAUCCUUCUUUCCCUGAAGACGGGUUUGCCUUUGACGUUCUCGACGGCGGAGAUCUAUCAGCAUUUCCCUUUGAUUCUAUGGUUGAUUUCGACCCCGAGUCUGUCGUCCUCGAAGGCGUCCCCGGUCUUUCGGAUGAGACUUCUCACCAGACUACUAGCUUGCAGCCCAGCCUUGGCGCGUCCACUUCGCGAUGCGACGGGCAGAGCAUUGCAGCUAGCGGUUAGUGAGGCUUUCUCUCCGGAACGGUCGGCUGGCGCCCCAGAGGCUCGACCGAGUUGGGAGUUGUUAUUGACCAUGGCCUGGGCAAUCGAUAGUCUCAGUCUGUCUCAACGACACCAGCGGGGGAAUAUUAAAUCUGGUCGGCGACGCAGUAACGGAAAGAUGCAUCGAGGUACACGGAGUUUCCGGAGUUCCAGCGCGAGCAAGGCCCUGCUAGGGAAGCACCGCUGA